AGGUAUAUAUAAUAGUUGUAUUAUCAAUGAUGUAACUACAUUAUAUUUUUUCAUUUACAGUAGUAUCGGUUAAACCUACUAUCCUAGUAGAUAAGAAUUUAUAAUAUACGUGUUAAUUAUUACAUAUGUUCUGUAUAAUAUUGUAUGUGAGCUUGUGAGUCAUAGUAGAAUUCCAUUUAUAUUUUAAGAGUUCAAUAAGACACUCCAAAUAGCCUGGAGCAAUUUUGAAUUUUCCUCUGUAUCAUAUUAAAUGGAUGAUACAUUCGAUUAACAAUUUCCAAUGAAUUAGCUAUUAUUUUUUAUUUCAUAUAGUUUUAUUCCAUCAACGAUGUUUGUUUUUUUAAUUAGUAACCUUGUAACGAACAUUAAAAUCUUCGAUUAUUUUAUUAGCAAAAUGUAUUUUCACACAUCUCAACGAUUGCUAAUAGCAUCAUGCUCAUGUAAAAUAUUUUCGCACAUUUAUCUUAUUGUUAGAUUGUCCUCACAGUCUCCUUGUAGUAUCCCUGCAAAUUUCAUACUACAAUUCAUCUAUUGUUCAAGGUUUUAAUCUAUUAUUCAAUAUCAUUUAUUCAAGGUAAUGGUAAUUUUUUAUCAUUCAAGUGCAGUAAUUUUUAUUUACACAUUUCGGUACCUUUUACUCUUAACGUGACCCACUAAUAUUAAGUCAUCAAUCUAGAUUGCUAUUACAGCAAUAACUUAUAUACCUUUCUUACUCUUUUUAAUAAUAUUUUUUGUAUGUAUUCCAUCGAUGAAAAUCCUUGAUUUAAAAUACAACAUUUAAGUGUCAGAAUUUAUUGAUAUACAUUUGAUAUUUCCAAUUUAAAUUGAUAUAAUUGAUGUUUUGUGAUAGUUGAACAAGAGAGCAAAAAUGCGGGUGCCAUUAAUUAAGCUUAAUAAUGUUAAUUGAAUUAAAUAUGUGUUUGAAUACGAUGUUAACUUAUUGACUAUAAUCCGUAUUAAUUUUCAUGAGAAACAGUGUUUAGUUGUGAAGAAUUGCAACUAUAAAAAUAUUUAUCAAUUAAAAUAACACUGAUAGAAUUAUUUUUUUAUACUGGUAGAUUUAAUUAACACUAGAGUAACCAUAAUUAUUAUUUCAAAUGUCAAUACACUAUAUGUUCUAUAAAUAAGUUAAGUAUGAAUUUAUUUCAUUCACUGAAUAUCAUCACUAUUUAUUUACAUAUCUUAUUGAAUCACUCAACUCAUCAUAACAUCUGGUUCGACAUGUUUAGUUAACACCCUUUGAUCGUCCACAGAAUCGUUAUUUCAUCUUCUAGGUUGAAAAUGGAAUAAAUUAGAAACAAAAGUUAUAGCGAGUGUUGUUGCUCGUGUUAAACACCUGCAUCUGCUCAUAUUUAACAUUUCAAGGCCAAUAUUCCUAUUUAGCAUCAUCAAAGAUGCUUGAUAAUGUACAUCAAUUAUCCUAGAUUAAUUAUGUCUAUUUAUUAAUCAAUUAAUUAUAAAAUAUUUUUAUUCCAGUUAAAGUGGUACAUAAUAAUUUGUUAUGUAUAAUUAUUAGUGUCCAUUGAUUCAGGAUGAUUUUUUUUUUUAUUUCCUUCAGAAUCACUUAUUCGAUAAGUCCUUUCAGCUUGUUUUACAAACAUUUAUAUGAACCUCAGUUGAUCGUAGAAUGCGUCAAUGUUGCUUGACAAUGAUAUGAGCUCUUCUGACUCAUAUAAAAAAGAAAAAAAGAGAAAGAACAUAAACGAAUAUAAAAGUACUGGGUUUAGCAAAUGAUUCCUCGCAGUGUGAAUCAAGUGCUCACCUAGUAAGGGUUUCAGUGAUCAUUUCUAUAGGUUUAAUGACAGUUUAAAUAAUACUUGUUAUUUGUAAAAAAAAAAAAAAACACAGAUUAUUUACAUUAAGUGUAUUCCUAUAUAAUUUAUAUUAUCAAAAACCAUGAUUUAUCAGAUAAAAUAUUGGCAAUUAAACAAGUUAAUAGGAAAAUGUUUCAAAUAUUUUUAUUGGAAAAACUACAAAAACAAUGAUCAUUAUCAAGAAAUAACUAAACAUUUUAUUUCAACGGUAAUCGAUUGAUUUUAUUUAUUAACUUGGCUCCAAUCAAUCAUUGACAAUUAUCUUAAGAUUAUGUCACUAGUUUCUCUUAUGACAGACGACAAAAAAGUUACUUUGGGAAACGAUCCCACCAAUAAAAUAGUUUUAGAAGUCGGCUUUACUGGAGAUACAUGGAAAUAUUCUAUAAACCGUCACGCUCUUGCUGAAAAAUCCGAAUGGUUUCGAGCUUUACUUGUGGGCAGUAUGGCACCACCUAUCAGUGACCCACCACCAAUUAUUCGUCUUCAACAUGUUGACAAACGUGCAUUUGAUCAUCUUUUCAAAUACUUCUGUGGUGAACCGAUUCAUUUUAAUUCAGUGCUUACAGCACGUUCAACACUAGAUGCUGCUCAUUAUUAUAUUUGUCCAGAGCUUGCUAAGUUAGCUAUUGACUAUAUUAUUAAAAAUCUCACUCCCUCAACAGUUUUAACUGUAUAUCAUGGACUUAAUUUAUAUUUGAAUCAUAGAAGCCGUAUCUCUCAAGAAACUUUAGCUAUAUCUAAUGAUGAUGUGACUGAGAUUGCUGUGGCGUGUUCACAACUUUUUAACGCUUGUUUAGCUGUAAUUGAUGGUGCUAUAGACCAAGUUUUAUGCCAAGAAAAUUUUGAAGAAUUAACUUGUGAAGAAGUGAGACUUAUAGCAUCUAGAGAUGAUCUUAAAUUAACACAGGAAAGUAUUCUCUUUAAAGCGUUGGAAAAGUGGGCUGCAUCAGAAUGUAGACGAUGUGGAGUUGAGCCUACACCCUACAACAAAAGAGCAGCACUUUCUGAUGAAGUUUGGUAUAGUGUACGAUAUUUAUUGAUGAAUGAUAGAGAAUUUAUUCAAGGCCCAAUGGCAAGUGGAAUACUUACAAGUGAAGAAUCUGCUGCAAUAGUUGCUAAGAUUCUUGGUCAUACUGAAUAUCAAGGAAAUAGUAAAAGAUCGAAUAAUAAUUUUAUAGAUAGAAAAUUAUUGGCAGUUCCUCGAAAGAAUAAAAUAUCUAGUAAAAUUAAAAAAAAUAGUAUGAAAUUGGCGAAAAAAGAACGUGAAGAUAAUAAAAAAAAUCAAAAGAUAGAACAUGCUAGCCAAAGUCAACAAGCUUGCGCUCGAGUUGGAGAUUUUGUCAUUCGUGCGUUGGCUUAUGUUUUUGAUUGAUAUGAAAAUUGUCUAUAAGACAUAACUUGAUAUUUUUGUUGAUUAUUCGUCGUAAUAAUAAUUUAAAGAAUUUAAACUAGAGAAAAUUUAUAUAUAAUAUCUACAUAAUAUUAGACUGAUAUUUUUGACGAAAAAUUUUUAUACUAUUUUGAUUUUUACUGAUCUCAUAAACAUAAAGAUAUAUUUAAAGUGCAGGUAUGAAUAUUUUA